AUGGAUACUACCUUCAUCACCAUCCAUGAUUUGUCCGACGACGCCAAUAUUCUCUAUUCUUCCGACUCGAUUGUCGACAUUCUAGGCCACACCCCGGACGAGGUCGUCAACCGUUCCGUCUGGCAGUUCUUCCAUCCCGAUGAAUUGCCAUUGGCCAAGGUCCAGCACAGGCGAGGUGUCCAGCUCGACAAGGCUGCCGUCUUGUCCUACUGCCGUCUGAGAAAUCGCCAGGGCGAGUGGGUCGGCUGUGAAUGCUGUUUCUCCGUCGUCUACGAUGUGCUCGUCUGCUGCAUCAGCAUCUACCGUAAUGGCAUGCAGAGCCAAAAGCGAGCCGUUGAGGCCCCUAUAGUACGGAAAUUGUUCGCCUCAUCCCCCAAGGACCCUCGGUACCAUAUGCUGUCACAUCUCUCCAGCAAGUUUGAUAUUGGCCCAGAAGAGCAAACCCAUGAGCCGCGUGCGGCCCUUUUCCUGAAUAGAUUCACCCGAACCCUGACCUGCAUGUAUGCCACCAGUGGCAUUGAGCAGAUCAUCGGCAUCUCGGGCGAAGCCAUGAAGGGACGUAGCUUCUACUACUGCAUUGCUCCCAACUGUCUCGAGGAUGCUGUUCGCUGCCUCGAAUCCGCCAAGGGCAACGACUCUAUUGCUUAUAUGCGCUUCUUCUUUCGUGAUCCCAGGCAGGAUGAUCCCCCCGAGGCCGUGUCGUCGGAGAGCGAAGAAGAUCUCAUGAAGCUAAUUAAAUCGUAA